CGUGCCUGCCUGCCCGCCAUACCCGGGAUGCGGCAGCAUUGCAGCAUACUCACUUGGAAGUCGCAACACGUUGCAGAGAGCCGCCAGGGCAGGUGGAAGGGCCACGCCCCGCUCCCGCGAGGGGCACCGAGAGAUGCUGGGGGAGGGGCAGGGACCCCAACCCUAGACCAGAUAGGCGGCGGGCGAAGAUUGGCGAUACCUUCAGUCCUGUAGGACACAAUGUCUGAACAAGAGCGUAUACAGGAAUGUCUGCGGAAGGAAAUAAGAUCACUUCUCAUUUCCACCAAAGAUGGUUUGAGCCCACAGGAGUUGGAGAAGGAGUACCUUUUGAUGGUUGGCAACCAUCUACCACUCCGAAUCCUUGGGUAUCGGUCCACUAUGGAGCUGGUAUUGGACAUGCCUGAUGUUGUUAGUGUCUGCCAUGGUGCAGGUGGUACUGUAAUACUGAAAGCCAUUCCAGAUGAAUCUACCAAAGGAAUAGCAAGUUUAGUUGCAAAACAGAGGAGCAGCCAUAAGGUUCGAAACUCCAUGCAUAAGGGAAGACCUAGUAUUUAUUCUGGACCAAGAUCUAAUCGGCGAGUACCUUACCGAGGAAGGGUUGCCCCUAUUCUUCCAGCUGUUGUGAAGAGUGAGUUGAAGGACCUGUUGGCGUUAUCUCCUGUUCUCCUUUCUGAUUUUGAAAAGGCAUUUGCCAAAAGAUUUGGACGAUCAUUCCAGUACAUGCAAUAUGGAUUUCUCUCUAUGUUUGAAGUGCUGAAUGCAGCUUCAGAUGUCAUUUCUGUAGAGCAGACCAGAGCAGGUUCUUUGUUGAUGCUAAAGAAGAAUGUAACAGAGGAAAAGCAGAGAGGAUGUCCAGCAGGUAAAAUUUUUACCCAGCCAUUUAGAAUGAAACAAGGGUCAUACUCCGCAGGCUUUCCGGUAGCAAAGGCAUGCUUUUCACAACCCACUUCAAACAUGGAACCACAGAAGCAAAUAAUGAGCAUGGAAAAGACUUCCAAGUUAAAUGUAGUGGAGACUUCAAGGCUGAAUCAUACUGAAAAAUUAAACCAGACCCAUGGAAAUGCCCAAGAAAAUGUGAAAAUAGGGGAAAACCCUCAGAAGCUUGAUAGGGAGCCAUGCACUUGCCAAAACUUGGAGGGGUUUCCGCUGAAUGCUGUGCCAAUGAUAUUGGAUGAAAAGAAGAGUAGUCAGUGCCAGAGGGAGAAUCCUGCAAUGCUGGAGAACACAUUCAAAUCAGUUAUUGCACAAAUUGGACCUGGAGGAACUAUCAGUUCAGAACUAAAACAUAAGAUAAAAUUUGUUGUAUCUAAGUUCCCAGAGGGUUUGUUUAUUUCUAAACUGCUUGGAGAGUAUGAGGUGAUUUUUAAAGAGCAACUAUCACCAAAAAAAUUAGGCUUCUUAAAUGUGACAGAACUUGUUGGAGCUCUUAGUGACAUUCUCCAUGUUGAGUUCAGGGAAGGACAGCAAGACUUACUAGUAUUUGAUGUGGAUAAGAAGCCUCUACCACCUGUUCAAUCAGAUAAGAAAAUAGAAGCCAAAGCUUGUGUCUCCAGUCCACCUAGAAAUUCAUUGUCUACUGUUGCUGUCAAAGAGACUGUAUGGAAUUGCCCUUCAAAAAAACAAAAAGAGCCACAACAGAAGAUUUGCAAGAAGCCUAAUGUGGUAGUAAAGCCUUUACAGCUGCAAGUAGAAACAAACAAAUCACAGCUCAACCUGGCAAUGGCAAAUCAUGACAUCCCGCCAGAUGCUGUGCCGGACAAGAAAUUAUGCAGACUCCCACCAUUAGACACCAGUUCCCUCGUAGGGGUCUUUGUGGAGUAUAUCAUCUCUCCCAGUCAAUUCUACAUCCGGAUCUAUAGCAGGGAUUCGUCAGAGUUACUUGAAGACAUGAUGAUUGAAAUGCGGCGCUGUUAUUCUAAUCAGCUGGUUUCUGAUCGAUAUGUCAUGCCAGAAUGUUUUAUUCAGCCGGGACAUCUCUGUUGUGUGAGGAUUUCUGAGGAUAAGUGGUGGUAUCGGGUCAUUAUCCAUCGAGUCCUUGGGAAACAGGAAGUUGAAGUAUUCUACCCAGACUUUGGAAAUAUUGGAAUUGUUCAGAAGUCCUCCCUGAGGUUCCUCAAGUGCUGCUACACAAAGCUUCCAGCUCAGGCUAUCCCUUGUUCUUUGGCUUGGGUGAGACCAGUAGAGGAACACUGGACAUCGAAAGCUAUUUUGCAAUUCCAGAAGUUGUGCGGUUUGAAGCCAUUAGUAGGGGUAGUGGAUGAAUAUGUAGAUGGAAUCCUUAACAUUUUUUUGUGUGACACAUCCUCAAACGAAGAUAUCUAUUUCCAUCAUGUCUUGAGAACAGAGGGCCAUGCUAUUGUAUGCCGAGAAAAUAUCUCUUCUAAGGGUUUCAGUGAGCUCAACCCUUUAGCUUUAUACACGAAAUCCAGUGGAGGGCCAGAGGACAUUGUCUUGACAGAACUGGGUUAUCCUUCCCAGCAGCACUAUUUUAAUGAAGACCGAAAGAUAAGUCCACAGUCAAAAGAGAGUGAGUUACAUAUCCUGGAUGAGAUCCCCACGGGAAUGCCAUGCCUGGAGUCAGUGACCAUAGGUGAUGAUAUUUGGGAUGAGAACUGGUUACCUCUACAGGCUAAGAUGGGAAAAGGAGGUGAUGCUGCCUCCCAUCUAUUUACUGCAAGUGUUGAUGGAAAGAAUCAGUAUUCAUCACGUAAAGAAAUGCCACAGAAGGACUGGUGUUUUUCUAUCCCCAAAGAUACAUGGGAUGAUUCUUGGCAGCCUUCAGGCCUUGUAAAUGGAACGAAAGUAGUUCAUAAACCAGAAGUACUGAGUGCUCAGCAAAAAAAUACUGGCACAAACAGGACUCAAAAGCAACUAGACAUAAAUGGUUCUUCAGAUUCUUCCACACUGCCCAAAUUGGAAGAAUUCUAUACCUCUCUUACCCAGUCAGAGGACCAGAGCCAGUCCGAACCCAACAACAGUCAGACUCAGCCAAAGCAAAUUCAGCUUUCUACAGCAGUAGUACCCCGUUCAACUCCUGCAGUGGAUGAUUCUGCAGAAAAGCCCUCUGGUUCUGUGGAAAGCUCACCAGAGAUCCUAAAGAAUGAAGAUUUUUCUAGCAGCCGUGCUGUUACAGUGUACAAAGACAAGAGCCAAGAAUCCAUGGACCAGCUGUCUUUGAUUUUGUCUUAUGAGUGCCAGAUUUCUCAGAAGCUCUACAUUCCUCGAAGUACAGCCACUGCUGCCUUAGGUGCUGCCGCACGGUUAGCUACAUCCAGGAGCCUCCUACACUGGUACCCCAGUGUGAAAAGGAUGGAAGCAUGAGGGAGGGAGGGAGGGAGAAAAACAGAAUCCAGCCGCUUAGGCCUUGAUGAACUCCCAGGCCAAAAUGAGGAGGUAUUGACGCAAAAUUGUAUCUUGAUUGUUGAUACUUUUGUCUUUCUGUGGCUAUAUGUUAGCUUUAUUAUGCUAACAGUCUACUUUGAUGUGUAAGUAUUGAUAUUUACUGUUGAUCUUGAUUUUUCUUGAUUUUAUUUUAUUCUGUGUUGUUUUGUUCACCUUUGUUUUUAAUGUAGUUUAAAGGAAUUUGUUUUUUGUGUGUGUUUGUUUUUCUUGUACAUUAUCAUGACUGAUAAAUGAAAAUUGAAAAACUAA